GAGUUUCUUGCGAGAAAAAACUGAAAGCGCUUACAAGAAGGAGUCAUGUGAGCUUAGACACUUUUUUCCACUUGUGUCCCUCGAGGGAGCACCGGUCCUCGGCCUUCCAUGAACCCUUCACUCAGCAAAUUCAGGAAGUGUGACACGGUCACUUGCACCAAGCGGUCCCGGAAUUCCUUGUAUGGAAUCACUGUCGUCAUUUUUGUCGUCUUUUUUUGUUGACGCGCCUUCUCUCGAUUUCGUUGUCCGUUUUGUCCACGUAUACUCUCGCAGUCUCCCUCCCCCCACUUGCUCGGAUUGGUGUUGUCUCGGAGCACAAGCGAUGCAACGCUGGUCUGUUAGCUGCGGCUACCUGUGUCGUUUUUUCGUGGCGCAUUUUCUCCAUCACUUCCCCUUGCUUUUCGUACUGGUUCUCUUCCUCGUUUUCCCGUAGAAAAGAAGCAAGACAACGCAGGUCUUGAGCUUGCGAGGGGCUCCGUGCCCGACAGAUCCGUGGAACUGGAUACAGCGAAAACCGGAGAGACACAUGACUGAACCGGCUGUGUUGCGUAUCGAACUGUUGAGUGGAUUCAUUUCAGGUGUAUGUACUGAUAAUCGGCCAUGAUGUCCCGUCGAUUAGUGAGCGCCGUGGGAUUCCAUCAGUCAGUCUGAUUCCGCCUAUGUGUGCAUGGAAGCGUUUGCUUUUCUUGCGGGCAGCUUCUGUUUUGCACAUUGUGGAGAGGAAUGAACCCUCAACUCUAUGUUCAUAGCAGAGAAUUCGACAUGGAACGCAGUGACUCAGCCGUCAGUGACAAAAGUCCUUGUCGGCCCAUGGGGAAUGCCUGUGGCCUUCGUAAGGGAUAUUAAUGAAAGAUCUGGCGGCGGUAACCUUCGUUGUAUUCUCCACGGGGAAGACCUUCCCCUCUUGGUUGUUAGCUUUCGGUGCCGAUUGAUGCAGAAGUGGCUGUCUCAUUCAAAAUAAGGUCUUUGUCCGCGGCCUGCCUCCGAGUUUUUGCUCUAGCGGUUGUGUGUUUCGACGACUCCUUGCCCCGAUGUCUGACCCUGCCGUUGGUCGUCGCGUAGACGCAGAAGGGGCGGCUUCGCAAGAGCCGUCACUAUCCAGGUCGAUAGAGCCAUGGAAUCUGUCUCCUGCGCAGAAUCCAGUUCCCUCGCAGUCUAUUCCACUAGGCAGCCAACAGCUUUUCAGCCUCCGUCCGAGUACAGCUGGAGCCCCGGUAGCUGGGAUUUCAUCUCCGGCCGUUGGCGCUGGUGCAUCGGCGCAGCAGCUUCAGCACCUGCGGAGACUACAAGAGCUCCAGCACCAGCAGCUUCGGCUGCAGCAACAAGGUUGUCACUCCCGUGGAGCGUCGAUGGCUGCUCGGUUUUCUGAGAAAGAAGCUCAAAGAGCCGCCAGUGAAUCUCAGUUUCCUGUAUCCAUGCCUCGCAUAGCCAUAGGGGGGCCACUUUCGCAAAAUCCUUCUCAGAUGGCUUCCAAUACCUCCGUUCAUAGUGGGGCCGCAAUUACCACAGUGUCUGCAGCGACCCACACUCACGAGGGAUCGAGUGUUCAGUCGCCGUUUCUUCCCCAUCAGCCUUGCUCGCCGGUAUCCAUGUCUUCGGUUUCUUCUGCAGAGGAAGAAACGACUUCCUGGGGCCAUGGCCGCAGGCAGGGAUCCGCCUCUGUUCCUACGGCAAUUCCUGGUGCCCUCAAUGCUGCACAGGAAAGCCGCGGGUCCUCACAGAGUUUCACUGCGAACUGUGCGGGGGCUUUCACUAUCUCACCAUCGCAGCCAUCUAACUGCCUCACCCACGCCACACCCGGAGGCGUACAGAUGCAUGUUGCCGGAGGUAAUGGAGCCUCUAGAGUUUCUCCCGUCCUUUCGGGUAUCAGUGCCUUCACGCAGGCAGCCGGAGCAAGUCAAAACGUGGCAACGCCCCCACCAUCGCUUCUGCCACAACUUACAGCAGAGGGAACCCAGCAGUUGGGAUCUUCUCAGCACUGGGCUGUCCAGCAGCUGCUGAAAGGUAUGAAGCUCCAGGGGGAAUCUGCGCCUGCACUGGAGAAGAUUUUGAUGGGAACCGAUCUUGGAAUUCUCCCGACAAGAGAGCCUGUCGGGCGACCGGGUCUCUUCUCUUCAAGGAGUGUCGCUGAAACCUCUGGGUUCUCUUCAUGCGGGCAAAUGAUUGGGAACAUCGCCGCCCCACUGGCUGCCGGUCGGGACGUCUUCGGCCGACAGAUAGGUGGAGCUGCGGCCCUGCCAGGCGCCUCUCCAGGAGCUGAGCUUCACCCCAACCUUUUCAUUCAGUUGCAGGAACGGCAGUACAAAAUAGCUGCUGCGCCGAACGCCGUGAAAACUGGAAUGGGUGAGUCCACAGAUGGAACGCACCUUUUUGCGCCCAGUGCACAGUUACCGAAUUGGGCAUCCCGCAGCGCAUCUACGCCGCGUCCCGGUUCAGCUGCCGGACCCGGGGCAAACGCUGAGAGGCUCCAAGCUCAUCAGAUCCUCCAGCGUGGCGUUGAGUCAAUGCAGGGCGUGACGGAAACCCCGACCGCUCCUGGAAAGUCGCCGAGAGCGCGCUUAGCAGCAGUCGCCGGCACCCAGAGAGGAGGAGCAGCGCAGUUUCUGAAGCCUCCGGUCGUUGUGUCAUCACGGAUGACAGAGAAAGGACAAUCAAAGUUCCUUCAGAAGAGCCGAAGCAUAGGAUCGAGACUCGCGAAGGACGGAAGCAGCAGUAGAAGAGGCGGGUCCGCCCACAUGCGUGCAGGCGAAGAUACAAGUGUUGCUGCUACUGGGGUAGGGAAACCCGUACAAACACCCGAGCGUCUUCCACUCCGAUCCUCGGGAGUGACUCUUCGUGAGACAGACGGUCGCUUGCCCUCAUCCCUCGAAGGUCUGAAGCAGCUCCAGCACAGUGUGAAUCAGGAAAUUCUUUUGCGACAGCAGGAACGGUUGCGCCAAGACGAGGCGUCUUCAAGCAAGGCUUUCGCGCAUGUGGAAAAGGGAGCAGUCUCAGCGACCGGGAGACUCCGAGACUUCAUGGUAUGGCCUCCGGGCGUGGCUGGAUCGCUGACCUCAAGGCGGCGUGUGACCCUCUUUGGGAAGACGCUUUCUCCUUCCUUCCUACCAAAGGGCGUGGAGCCUGCUUCUGUCCGAAGACUCCUGAGUGACGCAGUAGUUCCCAGCCAAGCUCAUGGAGACAGCCACCGCUUUAGGUCAGAGACAUCCGAAUUGGCAACUCCUGGAGAGGGAUCCAAGAAUGAAUCCAGUGCAAAGAAAUUAUCGUCUUGUAAAAGUACUGCCAGUGGGACAGCAGGUGGCCUGUUGUGCGAGGCAAAGACAGGCGAAACCGCCGUCGGACUGAAGGAAGGUGAACAGGAACCUGGAUCCGCACCGUGGCAUGCCGUCUUAGAGAAUUUGACUGUCAGUGGAUUUCUGGCUUACUGGUAUUCCAGACAGCAUGUCGCGGCUGGGCUGUACCGACAGCUGCAUCAAAUGGAAGAGGUCGAGAAACGGCUCGAGGAGCAUGUUUCUGGAGGGUGUGAAUUACACAGCAACUUGUUUUUCUUUUCCCUCUUUCCGGAGGCCUUCUCGAAUAGCCACUUCCAACGUAACCUUCGCUAUUUUCCGCAGUACACUAUAUCUCAUGAUCUGGCGGCUGCGGCCGAUCUCAGACCUCUUAGUCAGUACGGAGACACGAGUAUCUCAGUCGUUGCUGCUGCGACAAAGGACCGCACGGCUUUUAAGGUUCAUCAGGAGCAGUCAGAACAAACCUGCAUUCAGGAAAACCGAGACACGCUUGCGGAUGGACAGAUGCAGGGACUGGAAAAGGCUGUUGGGCAUUCCCGCCUUAAUGGGUCAUCGGUCACCCCACCCACGAGGCAAACUGAAGCUUCAGACAUCCGUGGAAGCCAAGACAGGGACGGCAGUGCAGAACAGCACGAAACGAGUGUGACGCCUUCGUUUUCGGCGAGAUGUGCUGACUACCCGUCCACUCUUACCAAGGGCAGAGACGCGUGUGGGCGUGACACGGGCGUACCGGUAGCAGAAGCGCACUAUCUGCCAACAACACCCUCAUGGGGUGGCAGCCAGCUCCGCGAGGAUCUUGAACAAGUUGAACAGCUAAUCCAGGCAGCCCAAUUGCUCUUGCAAGAAGCUGGAGAGGUGCAGGAACAGCAGGUAGAGAGUGGGAAGCGCACUGGUCGUCUCGAACGCGAAGAAGAUGUACCUCUGCUUGUUGCCGCUCUGCCGCGUUCAUUCGAGGCGAUGCAGCAAGAACGUCAGCCCGAACAACUGGCCUUCCUUGCAGCCAGAAAGAUGCUUCCUCUCUCUGCAUGGAAGGGACAAGACCGUCGAAGCUUCAAGUCAGUUAUUCCAUUCGCAGCUCGCGCGCUCUUCGCAAUCUGCAUCAGCCGGUUGGAGCACCUUAUAGCUUCUCUGCAGCAAGGGGUGGCUUCCUCGAUCGCUUCCCUGGAGCUACUGCGGAACUCAUUGGUUCUGCUUCAACAAGUGGAGGAGUCCUACGCCCCGUUCAUAUACGCAAUCCCACAGCACGUGCUUUGCUGCAUAUUCAACCGUGGUGGACAAGGGCGAGACCUGCUCAAGCGGCGCCAUCAGGUGGCCGGCGACAAAGGCGAAGUUGAUAGUGGGAGUGACGCGUGCGAAGCAGAUCAGUUAGGGACACUUUCCCUGGCUCCGAACGGCGCUGGGAAAGACUUGAAUCAGCAAACUACCCGGUCCAGUAAACGAGAGGCAGACAGACAAGGUUUCGGGUUUCAGGGCUCUGUGACGAGCCGCGAUGGCGCAGAGACGUUGCGGCUAUCUGCAGACGUCGGUUCAAGCUUUGAGAACGCAGCUGACGGUAAAGCGGACCUAAAUAAGGAGGGACGAGAUAAAAGCGAUAACAAAGGGGAGGGGACGAGCAGUGAGGUGUCAGUGGUUGUUCCUACGUGGGAGCUUGGACUCCGGAUGGGUCCGCCGAUAUCUCCUGGAGAUUUUGAAGCGUAUGUGGAUGCGUUCGAGGACUACCUGCCAUUACUUGCCGUGCAGGCCACGGGUUGUGGAUCUGAUUUAACAAUUCACGAAGAAGAUCUAAAGGCAAAAAGGUGCCUGAAAGGUCGGGGUGAUGUGUCAGCGAAGAGGCAGAGAACGGAAAGUAGAACCUCGGAAGUCGACGGGGUCACAGAGAAAAUCGACGCAAAUUGCAGCAGCUCCAACUAUCACGAAACUGCGGUGGGACAGGUGUACAGUCCUCGACCGAAAAAGACUCCGCGUGUGCCAAAUCGCGGAAAUGAAUUUGAAGACAUGCGGAAACCUCCGCAGGAUGAGAGUGGAAAUCGGCAAGCGAAAUCCAGCGAAGGAACCGAAGCCUCAUUUGCAAACGGCUACCAGCGUAAGUCGCCUACAGGUGGGGGGCGCGUCACGCCAAUAACCGGGGAGCAUUCACGUGCGGCAGCGGGUUCAGGUUCUCGUCAAUCUUCUUGCUCUCUUCCAACCGCGUCAUCGACGUUCUCCCCUUCUGUUGAAGUGUCGGAACGGGACGCCGGGGAUGGAGCUGAUAAAGCAAUGUGCAGAGAAACUUCCAAUGUGGUUCAGCAUUUCUAAGCGGGUGUCGAGCCUGUGAGGUGCGAGAGGGGUAAGAAUCAAUCGGCUGCCGGAAGGGUCACUUUUUUUCAGUGUCCAUGGUCGAAGCAGGUGCAAAACACCGAUGAUUCAGAAAAAGCAUGUUGCCAGUUCUGCGGGCAUCCUUUCUGGUUCGCGUGUUCUCGUUUCGCUGUUCCCAUUACGCGGCAGCACUCGUGCAUCCUGCACCCCUCGAGGAGCUGAAAGGACAAGAAAAGAAGAAUGAACCGUGACGCGGGGCCCACGCAUAGGCCUAAAGCUGAAGAGAAGAGGAAAACGAAACUGAGAGGAGGGGAAGCUCUCCUUUUGUGACUGAGUAUGCGUUUGUCGAAAACGCCUAUCUAGAGCUGGAAUUGGUUUCACAGACUCUCUGGAGGGGUUUUGUGGCCAGAGACCGUAGACCAGUAUGUCGUGGGGGCAGGAUGUCGUUGGGAAGUCUCCACGAGUAUGUGUGCGGUUGUCUCACCAAUACCGAAAUGGGCUUGUUACGGUGAUGUGCCGAACUCUUGUCAAAAAUCCGUAUCAGUCAGCUGGUUUGCUGAAUCCAUAGUUUGGUUGUAGAGGAAAUGUGGACCCUGUUGCCGCACAAGGAAAGCCUGAUUCUAGCUAGGCGGCACUCCGGAUGACUCCACACAGCCCAUUUCAGGAUGAAUAUCUGUGUCGACUCCGGCUACGAGCAACAGAAGAACUCCAAACGACACUUCAGGCGGUUGUACUUUCUGCAAAUUCUUCGUGUGAACGAGCGUUCUGCGUUACAAAGCGCCACGAAGAGUGUUUGCCUGUGACACCAUGAGCACUGGUGACGUGAGUGUGACCGCUACUUGCAUCAUUGCUUGAAGCACGUUCGGACGUCGGUUAAUUGCCGAAGCCUUCAACAGUAUUGCGCAAAGGUUCGCCAAAGCCCAUAUCUUUCCUGCUAAUUCACGGGUUACUUUUGAGGACCUCUUGAGGGAGCGGCAGCGUCGGUUUGUCACUUCCUUAACUGGAGGCUAUCGCAGAAGCCGUCUCAUUGAGCAAGCAUUUGACAAUGUCAGGUCCGCCUCACGACCAAAAUACCAAAGCCUGCUGAUAAACACAGACAAGUCAUCCUAACGCUAGUUCAGGUCCACCG